AUGCUAAGGUAUUUAUUUAGAAUAUUGUGCUAAUGGCCUAUAUGUGCUAACAGCUAACUGCAUGGUUGCUUCCCAUGAAAAUGUGUGUUUUGAUGUGCUAUCAUUUAAAUGUAGAGCAGCCUACUAGAAUCGGUCACUAUUUGUUUCAAGGUUAUUAAAGUGCAUUUAAUAAGGCAUUAAGCAACCAUGGAAACAACUAAAUCAUUCAUUUUAAGUGAGACAAAAUAAACAGAGCUGGACUGGUAAUAACAGUGAAAUAGAAUAACUAGGCUUACUUAAUUAUAAUUCUUUGGGUAAUCAUUAUUUUUUGCCUUUAAAAGAUGCAGUGAAUAACACAGCAUGUACUGUACUGUACUGCACCGCACGGCAUCACACACACUCCUGAGGUCAUUUAUUUAGCACAACAAGGACAAUCUUUAUAUUAUCGUUAAUUCAUUAUUCAGAGACAGUUUCAAUGAGACAAAGCAGAAGGAAAGAGGAGAAAAUGAAGUCCUGGUUUUCCUAUUUUUCCUCUCGUUUAACGGACGUUGAUACUUAAUGUUUGUCCUAUUAUCCUUUAUUUCAGGAAAAUCGUCAUUAAAUUUGGAGGGAUAAAGAAGAAGAGGAAGACAGAGUCAUCAGAGGAGGGGUCUGAUGAAGAACCUCCGCCUCGAAGAUCCUCGAAAGACGAUGACUCGGUGAGUCCCUCCCCCAGGCUCCAAGCUGCAGCACGCAAAAGCCUUAUGACUGUGGUAUUGUGAUUGUUAAAGGCGUGGAGUCCUUCCCCCUGUCUCCAAGGCUACAGUAUGCAGGCUCUUUAAGGCUGCAGAACUCUUAUGAUAGUGUUUUUGUGAUGUUUAAGGCAGGGGUAGGUAACUAUAUUUAUUUAUUUAUUUUAUUAUUGUUUUGGAGAGGCCAUUUCCUCCGUCUGCAGAACGCAGGCCCUUAUGUUGAGAGACUCAUGUCAUAUAGACUGGUUCUUAUGACAGUGUUGUUGUGAUAGUUAAAGCCAUGGAGAGUCCUUGGGCUCUCUCGUUGGCCAUGCUGCUGCUGCUAUUGCUGAGUGGAAUGCAGGUGUCACAGCUGUGAUAUGGGGUCAAAGUACACCGGAUGGUUCAGAGUGAGUUCAGGGCCUGACCAACUCAAGAACUAAUAGCUCCAGUGUCAUUUUACUGGUGUCAUUGGUAGAGUUGAGGAUUAUCUAGGGGUAGGCCUAUUCUAUACCAUGAGGACAGUCCUUAUCCAUAGACACUGGUGUUGAGGUGGAUGAUCUGCUCUGUUCCAGUUGACAGAGUAUUCUGUGAGUGGGGAUGAAAGACUCUCUCACCUAACUCCACUCUCUCCCCCUGCCUGUGUCAUAGGGGAUUAUCCCCCCCCUUCCCUGCCCAUGUGUGGGUAUAAUUAUCCUCAUUACCCCCCCCCCCCCCCCCCCCCCAGUCUUAAUUAGAGCUGUCUGAAGAUGUCAUUUAGAAUGAUGGCCCUGUCCUGUCUGUGGCACUAUAAGUGGUGGCGUUAGUAGACAGACAGCUCUGAGAUCAGCUACAGCAUCAUCACCACAGGGGACCCCUCAGCCUGGGAGGCAGCCUGACAGGCAGGGAAGGAGGGACCACUCAGCCUGGGAGGCAGCCUGACAGGCAGGGAAGGAGGGACCACUCAGCCUGGGAGGUAGCCUGACAGGCAGGGAAGGAGGGACCACUCAGCCUGGGAGGUAGCCUGACAGGCAGGGAAGGAGGGACCACUCCGCCUGGGAGGUACGCUGACAGGCAGGGAAGGAGGGACCACUCGGCCUGGGAGGUAGCCUGACAGGCAGGGAAGGUGGGACCCCACUCAGCCUGGGAGGUAGCCUGACAGGCAGGGAAGGAGGGACCACUCAGCCUGGGAGGUAGCCUGACAGGCAGGGAAGGAGGGACCAACAGCCUGGCAGGCCCAAGUCUUUUAUGGUCAGCCUGGGUAAUUCUCAUCCACAGACACGUUAUUAGUUUCAACUGAAUGGUAUUUAGUAUCUCAUUAAACUGUGGCUGUCAUUAACAGGGUUUCUCUGAUGUGUUUGCCUAAUAAUAAACACUAAGCACGCUUGAAUGUCAUACAUAUUGCUGCGGAGUGCAUACAACACAGAGACACAUGCACUAUUGAGAAUAGACAGGAAUGCCUUCGAUGGCUGCCUGCAUAUUAACCCAAUAAAACAUAGGAAAUGAGUUGAACUGAUAUUUUGGCUGUUCUGAUUUGUAUAAUACAGAACCUCCGUAAUGCUAAACCUCUUUCCCUCACCCCCCUGUAGACUCGUCGGUCGAACCGCCAGGUGAAGAGGAAGAAGUAUGCAGAGGAGGGAGAGGCCAGGGUUUCUGAUGAGGAGGUGAAGGUCAUGGCUAAAGCCAAGAAGACCAGCACUGCUGCAGCACGCAAAGAGCGCGCACAGCAGCUGUUUGUGGUGAGGAGAUACUGGCCUGGCCUAGGCAUCAAUCAAUAACAUUCAGAUGUUCUAGACCAGUGGUCCCCAACUCCAGUCCUCCAGUACCCCCCAACAGUACACAUUUUUGUUGUAGCCCCAGACAAACACACCUGAUUCAACUUGUCAGCUAGUCGUCAAUCCCUCAAUGAGUAGAAUCAGGUGUCUUGGGCUACAACAGCAAUGUGUACUGUUUGGGGUACUGGAGGACUGGAGUUGGGAAACACUGUAAGACUGAUAGGUUCUACAGUAUCAAUACAUCUCAAGGCUACAUUCUUCAUUGCUCUAUCAUUGCUCUAUCUAGUCUAAUGUGUGUGUUAUAGCAGGACAAUGCAUCUAAAGGCCAUACUGUAUUCUGGUUUUACAUUGAAAAUACAUGAAACGGGUGUGUGGUGUAUGAAGGUUGUACAUGGAGCUGUUAAAGUGUUUUGUUUGCACCUUGUCAUUGCUGCAGGAAAACCCCAGUGAGGAGGAUGCUGCUGUUGUUGACAAGAUCAUGUCAUCUCGAAUAAUCAAGAACGAGGUAGGAUUACAAUCAUAUCAUCUUUAGUGCCACAUUCAGUCGAACCUCUCUUUGUAGUACUAUAGUAUCUUAGUUUGCAGUAGUACAUCUACUUACCUUCUGCAAUGCGGGUUUGAUUGAAUUCAAUUCCUACUAUACUCUGAGUGUACAAAACAUUAAGAACACCUUCUUUAUAUUGCACCCCCCCUUUUUUGCCCUCAGAACAGUCUCAAUUCGUAGAGGCAUGGACUCUACAAGGUGUCGAAAGCGUUCCACAGGGAUGCUGGCCCAUGUUGACUCAAAUGCUUCCCACAGUUGUGUCAAGUUGGCUGGAUGUCCUUUGGGUGGUGGACCAUUCUUGACACACGGGAAACUGUUGAGCGUGAAAAACCCAGCAGCGUUGCAGUUCUUGACACAAACUGGAGCGCCUGGCACCUACUACCAUACCCUGUUCAAAGGCACUUCGAUAUUUUGUCUUUCCCUUUCUCCCUCUGAAUGGCACACAUACACAAUCAAUGUCUCAAGUGUCUCAAGGCUUAAAAAUCCUCCUUUAACCUGUCUCCUCCCCUUCAUCUAUACUGAUUGAAGUGGAUUUAACAAGUAACAUCAAUAAGGGAUUGUAGCUUUCACCUGGAUUCACCUGGUCAGUCUAUGUCCUGGAAAGAGCAGAUGUUCCUAAUGUUUUGUACACUCAGUAUAGAUACAGUACAGUAUGCGUUCUCUAAUAUACAGUACCGUACAGAUACAUAAUGAUUGGACAAGCAUGUUUUGGUGAUUUGAACUGAAAUCAUAACCAGUCUCAAACAAAGGUUGGUGGCACCUGAUAUUCUGUUCUUAAUGUUUUGUACACUCAGUGUAUGAAGCGCUUUCAGUCUAUAAUAUUGGUUCCUCUUCUAGGUCGCUCCAGGAGUUAUCGUAGAAGUGGAGGAGUUCUUUGUAAAAUACAAAAACUAGUAAGGCAUUAUUUUUCAUUCCAAUUAAGAUAAUUGCAUGCACAUUUUAAAAUGUUUGUAUUCAACCGAAAAAGCCAAAUACAGCAUGUUAAACAGAGCGAUGUAAGACGCAGCUUGUCAUUACUAGUCCUUGUACUACCACUUUGAGAUGCCUUUGACUGAGCUCACAUGUGACCUCAUUGUAGUUUCAGUAGAACCAAAUCCAGGUCAGUCUGAAGUGAAGACUAAUUUGAUGUGUAGUAGAUUGUAAAUCCUAUACAAAUGUAAAAUGUACAAAAUGGCACACAUGGAACAUGUAAACAUAAAGCAAACAUAUAUCCAUUUGAAAGAUUUACGACAUGCUCUAAGAAUGUCAUAAAAGACAUCCAAGGUUUAUUUGAAGUUUGUAUUAAACGUGUGUGUGUGUGUGUGUGUGUGUGUGUUCUUGUGCGUUCCUGACUCUGUGUGUUGUCCCCCUCUCUGUCUCUCUCAGCUCCUACCUCCACUGUGAGUGGGCCACAGAGCAGCAGCUGGAGAAAGACAAGAGGAUUCAGCAGAAGAUCAAACGUUUCAAGAUUAAACAGGCACAGAGGGCCCACUUCUUUGCAGAUGUAAGACCCUUUCACAGCAGUUUGUGUGUUCGUGUGCGUUUGUGUGUGUGCACGCAUGCCGGUGUGUGUGUGUGUGUGUGUGUGUUUGCCUGUUUUGCGCAGGCGUGUUUGCAUGCAUCUAUGUAGUGUGCUUUAGGCCUUGAUAUGUUCAUGCUACCCACCCAUACAGUCAUACAGUGUGUUUCUUUCCCCCCAGACUCCAGAUGACCUGAAGGUGGUUUAGUUUGUCUGACUAUGGCUUCCUGUGUGUUUUCAGAUGGAGGAGGAUCCCUUUAACCCUGACUAUGUGGAGGUAGACAGAGUACUGGAGGUGUCCUAUUGUGAAGACAAGGACACAGGAGAGGUAAGAGGGGGGGGGGCUCUCAUUCACAACAAAUGAGAGAUGAUUAGCCUGCCUUUUGUUGGAAAGAGAGAGAGAGACUGAGUGUGUGUGUACAUUGUGUGUGUGUGUAUGUCCUUGAGUGUGUCUCAUCUCCCCAUUUGUAGAAGAUACUAUUGUAAAGCAUGGGGUCGUUCCAUACAUGUAUAUUAUGGUUGUUGUCUCUCUUACUUUAGCUGAUGGUGUAGCUACUAGUGUUGCUUGGUGUACCGGUACCACGGUAAUACCAACAUUUUAGAAUACCGUAGUACCGUUUCAUAUGAUACUACCAAAUUGUUCAGCCCUACCGAUCUAAAGAACCUGCUGGCGCCAGUUGAAUUUAAGCAUCUGCCACUAGUCUCUUGCAUGCGCAGGUCCAAUAAUAUCCACUUCACUUUCAUGCACAGAUCAUGUGGCAGCUGUAAUCAGCCUCAUCCCCUACCAGCCCCCACUCACCUGCUUCUCUCCGUCCCAUCUUCAUACAUUUACAUUUUACAUUUUUAGUCAUUUAGCAGACGCUCUUAUCCAGAGCGACUUACAUUAUCUUUUUAUUUAAAAAAAUUCAUACUGGCCCCCCGUGGGAAUCGAACCCACAACCCUGGCGUUGCAAACGCCAUGCUCUACCAACUGAACUACAUCACUGCCGGUCAUUCCCUCCCCUACCCUGGACGAUGCUGGGCCAAUUGUGCGACGCCCCAUGGGUCUCCCGGUCGCGGCCGGCUACGACAGAGCCUGGCCAUACGCAUCUAUUCCUCCAUCAGGUUUUGGAAUAGAAUUUAGCCGUGAUGGCGAGCGGGGAUGGAGACUGUGAUGAGACUUCUGUUGUUAGAUUUGUACAUUUGUUACAUUGGAGCAGCGCGCAGAGCGAGCAAAUUUGGUACAUUGUGUAAUUUAAUCUCCUGUUAUAACCAAGAGCACAGGCCAGUCUGAUCAGACUUUGCAAGUUCACUGUCAUGCAGCCUCUGAGUGUCAGAGAGGGAUAAUGGAGCACCGCUUCGCGACAGGCAUGCUUGCAGCUUUACGGCAAAGAAAAUGGCUUGUCCCUAGCCUAAACGGUUCAAAAAUCUAUUUAUUUCUGGUGCUCCUUAAAUUCAGUUUGGUGCCUAACGUUUUAAAAGUUAGGAGCAGUAUGUGUGUUUGUGGGAGAGAGAGAGUGGUGUGUAUUUAUGAGAGGGAGGGAGAUAGAGUGUGUGUGUGUCUGUGUUAACUGACGAUUAAAGAAGGUUUCAUGCAGUGUUUUCCCCUUACUGACACAAUGACAUACAUACAGUGAACAGUGUGAAGUUACAUUUGAUAUGUGUUGUAUUGAGUAGAAGUGUGUGUUGUUUUAACUCACAUCAUAUCUUUCUCUCUCUCUUUCUUUCUCCCUCCCCUCCCCCCCUCCCUCCCCCCCCUCUCUCCAUCCCUCUUCCCCCAACAGGUGGUGUACUACCUGGUUAAGUGGUGCUCUCUGCCCUAUGAAGACAGUACGUGGGAACUGAAGGGGGAUGUGGACCAGAGUAAAAUAGAGGAGUUUGAGCAGCUGCAGGCAGCAAGGCCAGACUCCCGGAGGACGGUAAGCCACCUUUAUUCAACCUCCUUUCUCUUCUCUUCCUCUCUCUUCUCUUCUUUUCUCUCCUUUUCUGUUCUCUUUUCUCAUCUCUCUUUCCUUCUCCUCCUCUAACAUUCUCUACCCCCCCAGGAGCGUCCCCCAGCCAGCCUGUGGAAGAAGAGGGAUCAGUCGAGGGAGUACAUGAACAGUAACGUCCUCAGGGACUACCAGCUGGAGGGAGUCAACUGGCUCCUCUUCAACUGGUACAACAGGUCAGUAGGGUCCCCCAAGGCUGCACGCACACACACACACACACACGUUUCUACGCACGUGCACAGAUACACACACACAUACACACACACACACACUGUAGCUGUAUGCAUGUGCAAACACAAACACAGACACACACAGUGUUCUACUGCCCUGAGCAGAUUCUGACGAGUCAGAAACACAGGGUUAUUCCAGACUUCAGAUCCUCUGGUUGUAGCAUACUGUAUCCCAGCCAGAGAGACAAGGGCUGGACUGUCAGAUUGCUAGUGCAGAAGAGAAGCUAGUGAAGCAGCGAGCUGACAGCAUGUCUGUACCGGAGCACAGAGACAGGGAGACGCUUGCUCAGAGCCUGCUGAUUUCUAGCUUGGUUUAGUAUUCAAAACCUGUGGAGAAUGUGGUUAAUAGGUUUGGACGGUAUGCCGUAUAUAUGGUAUAUACCGUAUACCGGGGUAUUUAGAAAUACCAACGGUAUGAUUUUGUUUUGUUUGUUUUUGGGGGGGUUUGGGGCGCCCUAAAGCUCAGAGGGGUGAGUGCUACGCCACUACUUAUAACUAUAAGUUAACGAUCUAAGAUGUACCAAAUAAAUGAUCUCCUGCUCAGGGCGCCAGCUAUGCAUUUGGUUUGCUAACUUGCUAGCUAAGUGGCUAGCUUGCAAGAUCACACUUCUUGGUUACAGCAGAGACAAUCAAGAUCCCUACUGCUUCAUUUUUUGCCGUUGCUGACAGGUGUAUAAAAUGUAGCACACCGCCAUGCAAUCUCCAGAGACAAACAUUGGCAGUAAAAUGGCCCGUACUGAAGAGCUCAGUGACUUUCAAUGUGGCACCGUGUGUGUAUGUAUGUGUGUGUGUAUGUAUAUAUUUUACGUUUGGAAAUAAAUAGUGCCCCUUUUGUGCACUGCCAGUAAUACCAUAUACCUUGGUAUGGUACAGGAACGGUAUGAAGGUAUGAAAAUACUGCCCAACCCUAGUGGUUAAUAACAGCAUAAACAUGCAAAACAGUACUGGAAAACACUGCACUACGCCACAUAGGCUAUAUGAAAAGAUUGCAAGGUUGUCUGUCUUGCUUUGUACAGUAUCUUUGAAAACGGUUCUCAGAGAGGAUGCUUUCAUUGACUGAAGGUUUUCUUGGUUGUCUGUCUUGAUUUGUGUCUUAGUCUUAAAAACGGUUUUACUGAGAACGUUUUCAUUGACUUAUCUUUCAGUAUAGCUUGUUUGGUUUAGAGACAUUGUCACUGCACAGAGGUAGUGUUGAGGUUUUCCUGUGUUGUGUUUAGAGCGUGCAGUGAUUUGGCUGAGUUAACAUUAUUAGCCUGUGUGCCUCUGAGGCUUGUGGAUUGGCCCACAGAGCUGUUCACUGUUCUACACUGCUCAAAAAAAUAAAGGGAACACUAAAAUAACACAUCCUAGAUCUGAAUGAAUGAAAUAAUCUUAUUAAAUACUUUUUUCUUUACAUAGUUGAAUGUGCUGACAACAAAAUCACACAAAAAUUAUCAAUGGAAAUUAAAUGUAUCAACCCAUGGAGGUCUGGAUUUGGAGUCACCCUCAAAAUUAAAGUGGAAAACCACACUACAGGCUGAUCCAACUUUGAUGUAAUGUCCUUAAAACAAGUCAAAAUAAGGCUCAGUAGUGUGUGUGGCCUCCACGUGCCUGUAUGACCUCCCUACAACGCCUGGGCAUGCUCCUGAUGAGGUGGUGGAUGGUCUCCUGAGGGAUCUCCUCCCAGACCUGGACUAAAGCAUCCGCCAACUCCUGGACAGUCUGUGGUGCAACGUGGCGUUGGUAGAUGGAGCGAGACAUGAUGUCCCAGAUGUGCUCAAUUGGAUUCAGGUCUGGGGAACGGGCGGGCCAGUCCAUAGCAUCAAUGCCUUCCUCUUGCAGGAACUGCUGACACACUCCAGUCACAUGAGGUCUAGCAUUGUCUUGCAUUAGGAGGAACCCAGGGCCAACCGCACCAGCAUAUGGUCUCACAAGGGGUCUGAGGAUCUCAUCUCGGUACCUAAUGGCAGUCAGGCUACCUCUGGCGAGCACAUGGAGUGCUGUGCGGCCCCCCAAAGAAAUGCCACCCCACACCAUGACUGACCCACCGCCAAACCGGUCAUGCUGGAGGAUGUUGCAGGCAGCAGAACGUUCUCCACGGCGUCUCCAGACUCUGUCACGUCUGUCAUGUGCUCAGGGUGAACCUGCUUUCAUCUGUGAAGAGCACAGGGCGCCAGUGGCGAAUUUGCCAAUCUUGGUGUUCUCUGGCAAAUGCCAAACGUCCUGCACGGUGUUGGGCUGUAAGCACAACCCCCACCCUCAUGGAGUCUGUUUCUGACCGUUUGAGCAGACACAUGCACAUUUGUGGCCUGCUGGAGGUAAUUUUGCAGGGCUCUGGCAGUGCUCCUCCUGCUCCUCCUUGCACAAAGGCGGAGGUAGCAGUCCUGCUGCUGGGUUGUUGCCCUCCUACGGCCUCCUCCACGUCUCCUGAUGUACUGGCCUGUCUCCUGGUAGCGCCUCCAUGUUCUGGACACUACUCUGACAGACACAGCAAACCUUCUUGCCACAGCUCGCAUUGAUGUGCCAUCCUGGAUGAGCUGCACUACCUGAGCCACUUUGUGGGGUUGUAGACUCCGUCUCAUGCUACCACUAGAGUGAAAGCACCGCCAGCAUUCAAAAGUGACCAAAACAUCAGCCAGGAAGCAUAGGAACUGAGAAGUGGUCUGUGGUCACCACCUGCAAAACCAGUCCUUAUGGGGGUCUUGCUAAUUGCCUAUAAUUUCCACCUGUUGUCUAUUCCAUUUGCACAACAGCAUGUGAAAUGUGGUCCUCUGUAGCUCAGCUGGUAGAGCACGGCGCUUGUAACGCCAAGGUAGUGGGUUCGAUCCCCGGGACCAACCAUACACAAAAAAAUAGAUGUAUGCACGCAUGACUGUAAGUCGCUUUGGAUAAAAGCGUCUGCUAAAUGGCAUAUUAUUAUUAUUAUUAAAUGUAUUGUCAAUCAGUGUUGCUUCCUAAGUGGACAGUUUGAUUUCACAGAAGUGUGAUUGACUUGGAGUUACAUUGUGUUGUUUAAGUGUUCCCUUUAUUUUUUUGAGCAGUGUACUAUCAACAUGCUGCUGGUGGGGAAAGGAAAGAGGAGGAAGAGAGAGAAAGAUGGAGAGCUGGAGAGAUAGAGGGAGACAGAGAGAGAGAGAUAUGGAGAGACAGAGCGAGGGAGAGAGAAAGCGAGUGUGGAACACAUCCAAAAAGCAUCUUUGUCUGUAGCCAGGCUGUAGUGUUGCUACUGGGACUGUGUUUCAGAGUGCUGUGAAGUUCUUAAAGGCCCAAUGCAGCCAUUAUUAUCUCAAUAUCAAAUCAUUUCUGGGUAACAAUCAAGUACCUUACUUUGAUUGUUUUCAAUUAAAACCUCUUAAAUGUAAAGUCCCCAUAUUUGGGGACCCUAUUCGAUUUUUCUUAUUCAAUUCAGUCUGGUAUGAGAACGGAAGCCCCUAUCUGCAAUAGCAGGGUGUCUGCGGAAAGCUGAGUAUCUUGGCUAUUGAUCGGCGCCUUCAAAUCUUUGGUAUGACUUACUACCAUAUACAGUUGAAGUCGGAAGUUUACAUACACUUAGGUUGGAGUCAUUAAAGCUCGUUUUUCAACCACUCCACAAAUGUCUUGUUAACAAACUAUAGUUUUGGCAAGUCGGUUAGGACAUCUACUUUGUGCAUGACACAAGUAAUCUUUCUAACAAUUGUUUACAGACAGAUUAUUUCACUUAUAAUUCACUGUAUCACAAUUCCAGUGGGUCAGAAGUUUACAUACACUAAGUUGGCUUUAGAAGCUUCUGAUAGGCUAAUUGACAUCAUUUGAGUCAAUUGGAGGUGUACCUGUGGAUGUAUUUCAAUGCCUACCUUCAAACUCAGUGCCUCUUUGCUUGACAUCAUGGGAAAAUCAAAAGAAAUCGGCCAAGACCUCCGAAAAAAGAUUGUAGACCUCCACAAGUCUGGUUCAUCCUUGGGAGCAAUUUCCAAACGCCGGAAGGUACCACGUUCAUCUGUACAAACAAUAGUACGCAAGUAUAAACACCAUGGGACCACGCAGCCGUCAUACCACUCAGGAAGGAGAUGUGUUCUGUCUCCUAGAGAUUAACAUACUUUGGUGCAAAAAGUGCAAAUCAAUCCCAGAAAAACAGCAAAGGACCUUGUGAAGAUGCUGGAGGAAACACGAUACAAAAGUAUCUAUAUCCACAGUAAAACGAGUCCUAUAUCGAUAUAACCUGAAAGGCCGCUCAGCAUGGAAGAAGCCACUGCUCCAAAACCGCCAUAAAAAAGCCAGACUACGGUUUGCAACUGCACAUUGGGACAAAGAUUGUACUUUUUGGAGAAAUGUCCUCUGGUCUGAUGAAACAAAAAUAGAACUGUUUGGCCAUAAUGACCAUCGUUAUGUUUGGAGGAAAAAGGGGGAUGCUUGCAAGCCGAAGAACACCAUCCCAACCGUGAAGCACAGGGGUGGCAGCAUCAUGUUGUUGGGGUGCUUUGCUGCAGGAGGGACUGGUGCACUUCACAAAAUAGAUGGCAUCAUGAGGAAGGAAAGUUAUGUGGAUAUAUUGAAGCAACAUCUCAAGACAUCAGUCAGUAAGUUAAAGCUUGGUCGCAAAUGGGUCUUCCAAAUGGACAAUGACCCCAAGCAUACUUCCAAAGUUGUUGCAAAAUGGCUGAAGGACAACAUAGUAAAGAUAUUGGAGUGGCCAUCACAAAGCCCUGACCUCAAGCCUAUAGAAAAUGUGUGGGCAGAACUGAAAAGGCGUGUGCGAGCAAGGAGGCCUACAAACCUGACUCAGUUACUCCAGCUCUGUCAGGAGGAAUGUGCCAAAAUUCACCCAACUUAUUGUGGGAAGCUUGUGGAAGUCUACCCGAAACGUUUGACCCAAGUUAAACAAUUUAAAGGCAAUGCCACCAAAUACUAAUUGAGUGUAUGUAAACUUCUGACCCACUGGGAAUGUGAUGAAAUAAAUAAAAGCUGAAAUAAAUCAUUCUCUCUACUAUUAUUCUGACAUUUCACAUUCUUAAAAUAAAGUGGUGAUCCUAACUGACCUAAGACAGGGAAUUUUUACUAGGAUUAAAUUUCAGCAAUUGUGAAAAACUGAGUUUAAAGGUAUCUGGCUAAGGUGUAUGUAAGCGUCCGACUUCAACUGUAUUGGCAUACUAAUUUAUAAGGGCAGGCCGAGCCGAUGACCUCAUUUCAUGAUGGCUGCUACCUACAUUCCGGUUAGCGUUGUAAAGCAUAAAUGAAAUUAACACAGAAUACAUUGAUACACAUCGAAAGCCGGGACUCCACAGAUCAUGAGGAUAUCUUAUUUGUCUGCCUGUGACCUACCGUUAUUGAUUACAUUUAAAAACAUCUUAAAAGGUAAGCUUGGUCUGUGUUUGAGCUAUAGCUACAUGGAGGGUAUCAAAUGAAUCCUUAGGUUGGUAGGAACCAAUCUAGCAUAUUGCCAGUGUUAUCUGAUGAUGUAUGACUUAAUGGCAACAUCGAAUGUCCACCUAGUGACUAUAUCUUUGCGCAUCAUAAAUAUGAUGUUGCCUGCUUAUGCGCUGUAGGCAUCCAUAUCCCCUGUAUGUCCCCCGACACCACCACAAUGUUUGAGCGGGGUUGGUGUUGUAGAAAUUUCGUUUUUAUAGUGAACAAUAACUUUUAGGCACAUCCAGUGUGCAAAUUACCACAUUCGGACACUUUGGAGAGGUUGAAAAGACACUUGAAUGUACCCUGGAUACCCCAUAACAACCACAAUGUUUGAGUGAGGUUGAUAUGGUAGAAAUUGUGUUUUUAUACUGAAUAAAUAGCAUUUAGGGAUUGCAAAUAUGUAAUAGCGCUGGAAUUAUCUAAUUUACAGACAUAUGCCACUUUGGAGAGGUUUCGGGACACUUGGAAACGUCCCGUGACCACACCUGACACCACUUACUAAAACAUCUGCCCAUUUCUAGUUGUUAGGUCUAUCAAUCCCAUUUUUUUUCUAAUAUUGUUCACAUGUUGUGGAAGCCAUUUGAUGUGUUUCCAGCUCUAGUCAUCAAUAAUUCACUUAUAGCUUGUCAAUGAAAGAUACUUUCAAAGAAUUAUAAUAAAACAACGGUUAUCUUGUAUAUGCUUGAUCUUGUGUAUUUUGAACUAUGUAACUCCUAUCUAUCGUCUGAUCAUUUCCUCAUCAUCUCCCAGAUGUCUUCUUUCCAAAUAUACCAAGCUUUGCAUGCCAGAAACAUGUAAUCACACAUGAAUAGCAGUUACUUUUGGGUAUGUCUAUUUAGGCGGAAAUCUACAUUUUGCCAUUACAUUUAAGAGGUAAAAAUUGUCAAAAAGAAACAAAAAAUAGCUUCUUAGCAAAGAGCAAUUUCUCAAGCAAGAAUUUUGCUAGGACUGCCUGGCAGUGGUCUGAGUGGGGAGGGGAAAACUAGCUGUCAUUGGCAGAGAGGUUUGAAACUCUCUUUGUUAUUGGUCUAUCAACUAAUUUACAACCAAAACAACAUCCCACCAAAACAGGCUGAAAUUUCAGCCGGUAUUUUCAGCUCUUACACUAAAAGGGCAUUAUCACAAUUUCAGAUUAUUAUUCCAUCCUCAUUUUGUGGAAAUGUAUAUAAAACACAGGAAAAUCCUGUUUUUGACUGCACUGUGCCUUUAAGAUUAAGAAUUAAAGUCUAGGAGGCAAGUGGGAGUAUCUGCUCUUUGCAAUUAAUGUCCAGAUUUACUGUAACACCCCACCUUCUGGACAACCAGAUGAAUGUUCUGCCUGAAUACUAGAGUAAGGAUUCUGUUCAGCCCAGUCUCAUCACUUAGAAUCAAUAUCAGACAGGACCACAACUCUCUCUCUCUCUUUCUUCCUCCAACCACCUCUUGCUUCCUCUCACUCCUUUCUUCCUCCCUCCCUCUCUUCCUCCCUGGCAGACGGAACUGUAUCCUGGCAGAUGAGAUGGGUCUGGGGAAGACCAUCCAGUCCAUCACGUUUCUGGAGGAGAUCUGGCGUGUGGGCAUCAGGGGCCCCUUCCUCAUCAUCGCCCCCCUCUCCACCAUCGCCAACUGGGAGAGGGAGUUCAGAACGUGGACCCACCUCAACGUCAUUGUCUACCACGGCUCCAUGGUCAGCAGGCAGAUGCUGCAGCAGUACGAGAUGUACUCCAGGGACACACAGGUAAACAACAACAACAUAAAUAAACAACACAGGCUAGCCGUAUGA